AUGGCCUCGCAGAACUUGGACCCCGCCGCAUCGGCCGGCGCCGCUGACAAGGCCGGCGAGGCUGGCGGCAACCCGGCCAAAGGAGCCGUCACCAAACGACUGCAAAAGGAGCUGAUGACUCUUAUGAUGGCGGGCGACAAUGGAAUCUCGGCCUUCCCCGAGUCUGACAACCUCUUCAAGUGGAUCGGAACCAUCGACGGCGCUAAGGGCACGGUGUACGAGGGUUUAAGGUACAAGCUGUCCCUGGAUUUCCCGGCGGGCUACCCCUACCAAGCGCCGCGCGUGCGCUUCCUGACGCCCUGCUUCCACCCCAACGUGGACGAUCAGGGCUUCAUCUGCCUGGACAUCCUCAAGGACAAGUGGUCGGCGCUGCUGGACGUGCGCGCCAUCCUGCUGUGCCUCCAGAGCCUCCUGGGAGAACCCAACAAUGACAGUCCGCUCAACGUGACGGCCGCCACACUCUGGCCCGACCAGGAAGCCUACAAAGCUCAUCUACACUCAACGUUCCAAAAGUGA